AUGUCAGUGAGCAAGCUUCCACAUCUCUCCCAUGGCGUUCACACCAUCAACUUGCUCAAUUUCACGAACGAACCUGUGGUUCUUAGUGUGCUGCUCCCAUACCCCUCGCAGAUUCGACUGUUCUCGGCCUUUUCCACCACCACAACGGCCACGAUCGGCGGCGCUGGGGUCUUCAAGUGCCGCGGAACGAGACAUAGCGCCGGUAGAGGUGAUAACGGGUUGAGGAGAGAGAGUGGAUUAGGUUUCGUGGAAGAGGAGGAGAGAGGAGAGAGAAAAGUGCGCUGUGAGGUGGAUGUGAUCUCGUGGAGGGAACGGAGGAUAAGAGGCGAAAUCUGGGUCGAUUCUGAUUCUCAAUCCGUCUGGGACGUUCUCACUGAUUACGAGCGUCUUGCUGAUUUCAUCCCCAAUCUCGUUUGUAGUGGAAGGAUCCCUUGCCCACACCCAGGACGUAUAUGGCUGGAGCAACGAGGCCUUCAAAGAGCAUUAUAUUGGCAUAUCGAGGCUCGUGUUGUCCUUGAUCUCCAUGAGUGUCCUGAUUCUCCAAAUGGUCGUGAGCUUUACUUCUCUAUGGUAGAUGGUGAUUUCAAAAAGUUCGAGGGAAAGUGGUCUGUAAAAUCUGGUAUCAGGUCCAUAGGAGCUGUCUUGUCAUACGAAGUAAACGUAAUCCCAAGAUUUAACUUCCCUGCCAUUUUCUUAGAGAGGAUAAUCAGAUCAGAUCUUCCUGUAAAUCUCAGAGCCUUAGCUCGCCAAGCUGAGAGAAAUUAUAAAGGUUGCGGAAAGCCGUCAAUUAUAGAAAAUCUGCUGGGUAGAGCAUCUGUAUCGCUGACCCCUUCUCGCGGUGUUGAGUUUGAAAGUCCAGUUUUUGAGAUAUCUGCUGCCUCCAGUGUUGGAUCGUUAUCUCAUUCAAAUGAACUGAACAAUAAUUGGGGCGGGUAUGGAAAAGCCUGCAAGCUUGAUAAACCUUGCACCGUCGACGAAGUUCAUCUCCGUAGAUUUGAUGGACUAUUGGAAAAUGGAGGUGUCCACCGUUGCGCCAUUGCUAGUAUAACAGUGAAAGCUCCGGUUUGUGAAGUUUGGAAAGUUUUAACUGCUUAUGAGAGUCUUCCAGAGAUAGUUCCAAAUUUGGCAAUCAGCAAGAUCUUGUCACGCGAAAACAAUAAAGUCCGAAUACUUCAGGAAGGAUGUAAAGGCCUGCUUUACAUGGUGCUUCAUGCGAGAGCUGUUCUCGAUCUGCAUGAGAGUCGUGAGCAGGAAAUCAGAUUCGAGCAGGUUGAAGGUGACUUCGACUCGCUGGAGGGUAAAUGGAUUUUUGAACAACUAGGCAGCCACCACACACUUCUCAAAUAUACCGUGGAGUCCAAAAUGCGAAAAGAUACAUUUCUUUCCGAAGCAAUUAUGGAAGAGGUUAUUUAUGAAGAUCUUCCGUCCAAUCUAUGCGCAAUCCGAGAUUACAUCGAGAAAUCUUCAGAGUCAUGUAAAGUGGAGACAUGUCAUGUUUCAGAGGAAGCUUGUUCUUCAUCUUGUGCCACAUCACUGGAGACAGUUUACAACAAUAAUGAUGGUACCGACCAAACCAAGCAGAGAGCGAGGAUUCCCGGUUUGCAAAGAGACAUCGAAGUGUUAAAAUCAGAGAUUCUCAAGUUCAUAUCAGAACAUGGACAAGAAGGAUUCAUGCCCAUGAGAAAGCAGCUUCGGUCACACGGAAGAGUUGACAUUGAGAAAGCCAUUACCAGAAUGGGUGGAUUUAGGAGAAUAGCCUUGAUGAUGAAUCUCUCACUUGCUUACAAACACCGAAAACCAAAAGGAUAUUGGGACAAUCUCGAAAACUUGCAAGAAGAGAUAGGGAAAUUUCAACAGAGUUGGGGAAUGGAUCCAUCAUUUAUGCCGAGCAGAAAAACGUUCGAACGCGCAGGUCGUUAUGACAUAGCGCGUGCGCUCGAGAAAUGGGGAGGACUACACGAAGUGUCUCGUCUUUUAGCAUUGAACGUGAGACAUCCAAACAGACAGCUAAAUUCGCGCAAAGACAAUGGUAACACGAUACAGAGAACUGAAUCUAUUGAUACCGAUUUACAUUCGACGCUUAUUAACAAGAAGAAUAAACCUUAUGUCUCUCAAGAUACAGAGAAGUGGCUGUACAACCUUAAAGAUCUUGAUAUCAAUUGGGUUCAGUAA